AUGCAGCAGUCCUUUCUCCUCAUCGAGACUACCCAUGGUUAUAAAGACAGAGACUACUGUUUAUCCCAGUAUAAUGCUAAACACCAGUGCUUGGUCCUGUGCUUUCUCCGCCAUCUGCAGCAGUCAGUGCAGGUCUCCUUGCCGAAGGUCACCGUCCUGACGCCCUACGUCGCGCAGGGUAAUGUCUACCGCACAUCACUGGCCCAGUUGCAUCUUGACAACCCCUCCGCCGGAUAUAAUCAGGUUAUGAUCAAGACCAUCGACUCCUUCCAAGGCAGGGAGACGGACAUGGUGCUGUACAACACAACUGCCACCAUCAGACCCGGCUAUCAGAAGUUCAGCGGCCGCCUCAACAUUACCCUCAGCCGCGCCCGCGCAGCCAUGUACCUCAUUAUCAAUAUGGGACAGUAG